UCAUAAUAUGUAUAAAUAAAACAGUGAAGUGGACAAUUUAUGUUGUGUUGUUUGGUUAUGGCGUCCUCGAAUCGACAAUUGACAUUAUCAAAGAUGUUAUCUAUUUUUAUUGUAAUUGUGUUUAUUAAUCUGGCUACAAUAUCAACAUUAGCGGAAAAAACGUUAAAUGUGAAUGUACGAGCAAGACGAAGUUAUGAUGUUAGCACAACACAUAGAACAAGUAAAGGUUCUGGAAAAGAGAGCAGCAGUGUAACAGGAAAGUCGGCGACCGGUGGCUCCCUUGACAGGAGUUCUAUUUUUGCAACCGAGAAUAGUACAUCAGUUAUGGCACAAGUUGGGGGCACAGCAACAUUACCGUGCGUUGUUAGGAAAUUUAGUUCCGGCGUCGUAUCAUGGAUACGACGUGAAGAUUACCAUUUAUUGACGGUAGGAUUAGCUACAUACAGUAGCGAUGGUAGAUUUCUUGUUGAACAUGUUAGACAUCUACAGAAUUGGGGACUUCAAAUCAAGUACGUGCAACCUCGUGAUGCAGGCAUGUACGAGUGCCAAGUGUCUACUCAUCCACCAACUAGUAUAUUUAUAAAUCUUAUUGUAACAGAAGCCACAGCUGAAAUACUUGGAUCACCCGAUCUUCAUAUAAAAAGUGGCUCAACAUUAAAAUUAGUAUGCACGUUGCGUCAAUCAACUGAACCACCUGUGUACGUAUUUUGGUAUCAUGAAGAUAGAAUGAUUAACUAUGAUAGCGCCCAUGGUGUCUCUGUACAUUCUGAUAAGUCAUCUAGUGUAUUAACAAUUAAAGAAGCAGAGAAAAGUGAUAAUGGCAACUAUACAUGUAUGCCAUCAAAUGCAAAACCCGCUAGUAUUCACGUGCAUGUGUUAAAUGCAACUGCAGGAGAACAACCUGCGGCCAUGCAACACGCAAACACCAGUUCAUCAGGCACAACAGUACAUUGUUGUGGCUCUACAAAAACUCAUCAAUAUAAUAAAGGAAUUUUACUAAUAAUUACAUGUGUAACUUUAACAAUAUUAUUUGUAUAUAAUAUUUUACCAAUAACUAAUAUUAUAAUUGUUAAAUCAACAAUGUAUAUCUUGUUCACUUAUUAUUUAAGCAGAUAAAAUGACUAAGUUGUAUUAUAUAUCUAUCU